ACCCCCGCCGCGCUGAUAGGUUACUUGCAGCAGACCCUCGCAUUCCGAUACGGCAGCUGAGAUGUCAAUUCCGCUCAACUGCCCCGGCGGUUCUCCGUCAAAUUUGAAUCUGACCAACCGGAAAGCUGGUUACGAGUGCCGUUAGCGACCAAUCCGGUGCAGCCUUGUUUGGAGGGUGCGCGAUAGAAAUUUCAAAUACGCUUCAGUGCUAACGGUUCGGAUAAACGGCGAAAGGUUUUUUUUGAAUCGCCCUGAGGCGCCCGGCAGGUCGGCGGCACCGAGGUGGAGCUGGUUACGGGAACGCUGCUGCUAACCAGGCUACUGUUGAGUGAGCACGAUACACAAUAGCCAUGGGUGACGAAUCUGAGUGGAUAAAAUUGCCAAUUGAUCAGAAGUGCGAGCAUAAGGUGUGGAAGGCUAGACUGAAUGGCUAUGAAGAGGCUGCAAAACUAUUUCAGAAGAUUUCAGAUGAAAAAAGCCCAGAAUGGUCAAAAUAUUUGGGAUUAAUCAAAAAAUUUGUAACAGAUUCAAAUGCGGUUGCUCAACUGAAAGGACUGGAAGCAGCACUUGCUUAUGUAGAAAAUGCUCAUGUAGCAGGAAAAACAGCUGGAGAAGUGGUAUCUGGAGUUGUAAAUAAAGUUUUUAACCAACCGAAAGCCAGAGCCAAGGAGUUGGGGACAGAAAUCUGUCUUAUGUACAUAGAAAUAGAGAAGACUGAACCUGUGCAAGAGGAACUGCUUAAAGGACUUGACAACAAAAACCCCAAGAUUGUUGUGGCCUGCAUAGAAACCAUAAGGAAGGCACUUGGUGAAUUUGGUUCAAAAAUAGUACAACUCAAGCCAAUUGUCAAGGUGUUGCCAAAAUUAUUUGAAUCGCGAGAAAAAGCAGUUCGAGAUGAAGCCAAAUUAUUGGCAGUGGAAGUAUAUAAAUGGAUUCGUGAUGCCUUACGACCACCAUUGCAAAAUAUUAAUUCUGUGCAGUUGAAAGAACUUGAAGAAGAAUGGGUUAAGUUGCCAACCACAGCCCCCAGACAAACCAGAUUUUUACGGUCUCAACAAGAUCUCAAAAGCAAAUUUGAGCAGCAUCAAGCAGCAGGUGAUGAUGAAGAAGAUGAUGAGGAAGGCGAUGCCCCAGUUGUGGAUGCUUAUGAACUUUUAGAACCUGUUGAGAUUCUUUUAAAGCUUCCAAAAGAUUUCUAUGAUAAAAUUGAGGCCAAAAAAUGGCAGGAACGGAAAGAAGCUCUAGAGGCCCUUGAGGUGCUCGUGAAAAAUCCCAAGCUAGAAUCGGGAGAUUAUUCAGAUGUUGUGAGAGCCCUUAAAAAGGUCAUUGGAAAAGACUCUAAUGUGCUGCUUGUAGCACUGGGUGCAAAGUGUCUUGCUGGUCUAGCUGCUGGACUCAGGAAAAAGUUCCAAAGCUAUGCUGCACAUGUAGUGCCAACCCUGCUGGAAAAGUUUAAAGAAAAGAAACCUCAAGUAGUUCAGGCUUUGCAAGAAGCCAUUGAUGCAGUUUUUCUUACAACCACAUUACAGAACCUAAGUGAGGAUGUGUUGGCUGUAAUGGAUAACAAAAAUCCAUCAAUCAAGCAGCAAGCAUCUCUGUUCUUGGCAAGAAGUUUUCGUUACUGCACUCCAUCCACAUUGCCAAAAAGCCUUUUAAAACCACUUUGUGCUGCCCUGCUUAAGCAAAUUAAUGAUUCUGCACUUGAAGUGAGGGAUGCUGCCUUUGAAGCACUUGGUACUGCUCUGAAAGUUGUUGGCGAGAGAGUAAUGAAUCCUUUCCUUGUUGAUGUUGAUAAAUUGAAACUUGACAAGAUUAAAGAAUCUUCAGAUAAAGUAGAACUUGUUCAUGGGAAAAAAAGUAAUGCAUCGAAAGAGGGAAAGGCUGGAGCAUCAGGAAAAGUCUGUUCCUCUUCAAGCAGUGGAGACAAAGUUGAUAGCUCUUCAACCAAAGCUGUCGGGCAGUCAAAGAAACCACCUGCAGGCAAGUCUGUUGGGGCAUCCAAAAAAGUGAAAGCAGUAGUGCCUCCUUCUGGCCCAAGUGGGAAAGGAAAAAAAGGAACUGAGAUUAAAGAGGUGGAACCAGAGCUUGCUAUUGAAGUUUGUGAAGAGAGGGCUGCAGCUGUAUUACCAGCCUCCUGCUUGCAACAGCUUGACAGUAGCAAUUGGAAGGAAAGGUUAGCCAGUAUGGAAGAAUUCCAGAAGGGAGUAGAAGUCACUGAGAAGAAGGUGCUGCCCUGUCAGGCACUUGUGCGGAUGCUGGCAAAAAAGCCAGGCUGGAAGGAAACUAAUUUCCAGGUGAUGCAAAUGAAAUUGUACAUUGUUGCACUGAUUGCCCAGAAAGGAAGCUUUUCUAGAACAUCAGCUGAAGUUGUGCUGGAUGGGCUAGUUGAUAAAAUAGGUGAUAUAAAAUGUGGAAUGAAAGCAAAAGAAGCACUCACUGCUAUUGCAGGAGCGUGUUCCCUUCCCUGGACUGCUGAACAGGUUGUUGCCAUGGCUUUUGCACAGAAAAAUCCCAAAAACCAAUCUGAAAUUCUAAACUGGUUAGCAAAUGCCAUCAAGGAGUUUGGAUUUGCUGGGCUCAAUGUUAAAGCUUUCAUCAGUCAUGUGAAAACUGCUUUGGCUGCAACAAACCCUGCUGUACGAACAUCAGCAAUCACUUUGUUGGGUGUAAUGUAUUUAUACAUGGGCGCACCUUUACGGAUGUUUUUUGAAGAUGAAAAGCCAGCAUUGUUAUCUCAAAUUGAUGCAGAGUUUGAGAAGAUGCAGGGGCAAACUCCCCCUGCUCCCAUUAGAAGAGUGGUUAAGUAUGAUGCUGAUGAAGAAGAAGCAACUGAAGAACAAGAUGAUGAGGAGAAUGGAAAUGUUCAAGAUCUCUUACCAAGAACAGAUAUAGGCGACAAGAUUACUUCGGACCUUGUGUCAAAAUUGGGAGAUAAAAACUGGAAAGUGAGAAAAGAGGGACUGGAUGAAUUGAGUACAAUUUUAAAUGAGGCAAAACUUAUACAGCCCAAUAUUGGAGAACUUCCUGGAGUAUUGAAAGGAAGGCUCAAUGACUCAAAUAAAAUUCUGGUUCAACAAACACUUGCAAUCUUACAACAGAUGGCUACAGCUAUGGGGCCAAAUAUUAGGCAACAUGUAAAGAUACUGGGUAUACCAAUUAUUACAGUUCUCGGUGAUAGCAAGAAUAAUGUUCGAGCAGCAGCUCUUACAACUUUGAAUUCGUGGGUUGAGAAGACUGGUAUGAAAGAAUGGCUCGAUGGUGAAGACCUUUCAGAGGAGUUGAAGAAAGAAAAUCCUUUCCUCAGGCAGGAGUUGCUAGGUUGGCUGGCUGAGAAAUUACCAACACUGCGAUCUGUGCCCACGGACCUCAUGCUUUGUGUACCUCAUCUGUAUUCUUGCUUGGAAGACAGAAAUGGAGAUGUUCGAAAGAAAGCCCAAGAUGCACUGCCAACUUUCAUGAUGCAUCUUGGCUAUGAAAAGAUGUACAAAGCUGCUGGCAAAUUGAAGCCUGCCUCAAAAGACCAAGUGGUGACCGCUCUUGAGAAGGCACAAGCCAUUGUGCCAGCUAAACCAGCAGCACCAACUAAAACAUCCUCGAAAUCAAAUGCAGGUGCAGCCAGGCCACCAAGUGCAGCUUCGGCACGUGUGAACAGUGCCAGUGCAAAUGAUGAGGCAGAUGCAUUUAAAUCUGAUGCUAAGAAAGGCAAAUCGACUGGAGUUGCUUCCAAACUCAAGUCUGCACCCAAUAAGAAAGUGCCAAGUAAGCCAAAUAUUAAAGAUGAUGAUGAUAAAUCUGGUCCUAUCUUCAUAAUUGUUCCCAAUGCAAAAGAGCAAAGAGUAAAGGAUGAAAGAGCUUUAAAGGUGUUGAAAUGGAAUUUCACAACUCCCCGGGAUGAAUAUUCAGAGCAACUGAAAACUCAGAUGUCUAGCUGUGUGGCUAAGUGGCUGCAAGAUGAAAUGUUUCACACAGAUUUUCAUCACCACAUUAAAGCUUUAACAGUCUUGCUGGAGCAUUUGGAAAAUGAAAUAGAAGGGACUGUUGCUUGCCUGGAUCUCAUUCUGAAGUGGUUGACCCUACGAUUUUUUGACACCAACACAAGUGUGUUGAUGAAAGUUCUUGAAUACUUGAAGUUAUUAUUUACAGUGUUGAACAAAGAAGAUUAUCAUUUAACUGAAAAUGAGGCAUCUUCAUUCAUCCCGUACUUAAUUAAUAAGGUUGGAGAACCAAAAGAUGUCAUUCGUAAAGAUGUUCGAUCCAUUCUGAACAUGAUGUGCAAUGUUUAUCCAGCGAGUAAAAUGUUUAAUUUAAUUAUGGAAGGACUCAAAUCCAAAAACUCAAAGCAGCGAGCUGAAUGCUUGGAAGAGCUGGGUGCGUUAAUUGAAGCUCAUGAUUUGAAUGUUUGCCAGCCAACUCCAACCAAAGCACUCAAAGAAAUUGCAUGUCAGAUUGGAGACAGAGACACAUCUGUCCGUAAUGCUGCCUUAAAUACAGUGGUUACUGUCUACAACAUUUGUGGAGAUCAAGUUUUUAAAUUGAUUGGGAAUCUUUCCGAGAAAGAGAUGAGCAUGUUAGAGGAAAGAAUUAAAAGAUCAGCUAAAAAGUCUACAACUGUAUCUAUAAAACAACUGGAAGAAAAGACUCAAAGACCACAAGGAAUAAAUCAAAAUGCAGCCAUGCCACGAAAGGGCUGUGAGGAAGUGCCAUCCAAACUGAAAAUAAUGUAUCGAACCUAUCGAAUUCAGGCACGUUCCAGUAAUGCACACUCUGCAUCUGAGUCUACUCACACGAUUCCAAAGGAGUUCCAACUGGACCUUGAUGAAAUUGAAAAUGACAACAAUGCUGGUGGAUGUGAAUUACCAGAUCUGGUACAGCACAAGCUUGAUGAGCUCUAUGAACCUGUUUGCAUUCCAGAACCAAAAAAUCGUUCAGUUUCUCCACACUAUGAUGAGAUGCAUGGCACCACUGAUUCUACUAUCAAUUUUGUUGUGUCGCAGGUGGCAAGUAGUGACAUUAACACCAGCAUCCAGGCUCUUGCCCAGAUUGACGAAGUUUUGCGACAGGAGAGCAAAGUUGAUACCAUGUCUGGUCACAUUGACCAGUUUCUCAUUGCAACCUUCAUGCAGCUCCGAUUGAUUUACAACACUCAUAUGGCUGAUGAAAAGCUUAACAAGACUGAAAUCCUAAAGCUUUACAGCUGUAUUAUUGGGAACAUGAUUACGUUAUUCCAAAUAGAACCAUUGGCAAAGGAGGCUUCAAUGGGAGUUUUGAAAGAUUUGAUGCAUGGAUUAAUAUUAUUGAUGUUGGAUUCGCGCUUGGAAGAUUUGGAUGAAGGUCCACAAGUUAUACGAUCAGUCAAUCUGCUGAUGGUAAAAGUAUUGGAAAAAUCUGAUCCAACCAACAUUUUGAGUUCCUUGAUUGUACUUUUGCAAGAUAGCCUUCUUGCUACUACAAAUAACUCACCUAAGUUCUCAGAGUUAAUAAUGAAGUGUUUGUGGCGUAUGAUACGCCUUCUCCCAAGUAACGUAAAUGUUAUCAAUGUUGACCGGAUACUCUUGGACGUUCACAAUUUCAUGCGUGUUUUCCCAAGAGAGAGGUUAAAGCAGAUGAAGAGUGAUCUUCCGAUGAGAACACAGAAAACAUUGCUGCAUACACUCUGCAAGCUCUUGGGACCGAAGAUUAUGGAUCAUCUGACCCUGAUUGAGAACAAGAAUGAAUCUGAGCUCGAGGCUCACCUACGGCGUGUCACUAAACAUUCAAUGGCAUUGUCAGGUGGAAAGACUGAUUCGGAAACUGAAAAGGGUGGUUCUACAAUAGAGGAUAAAGAAUCAAAAGCAAAAAUAAGUGAAACUUUGGCAGAAAUAUUCAAGAAGAUUGGAUCCAAGGAAAACACAAGGGAGGGGUUAGCAGAACUUUAUGAAUACAGAAAGAAGUAUUCAGAUGCCGACAUUGAACCAUUUUUGAGGAAAUCUUCUCAGUUCUUUCAGAAUUAUAUUGAAAGAGGUCUGCGGCUUGUGGAAAAUGAGAGAGAAGGGAAAGGAAGAAUAUCUUCUUCAUCCAGUUCUGCAGGGUUUUCAUCACCUCCGGAUGAGUUACCAUAUGUGGCGAGUUCCACUUCCAUCCCUUCUACAGGUAGUACUAAUGGAGAAGAAGUUGGUCCUGCUGUUUACUUGGAAAGGUUAAAAAUUCUGCGACAACGUUGCGGCUUAGAAAAUAACUCCAAGCAUGAAGAAGACAACCCGCAACCUCACUUCUAUCCAAAACCAACAGUACCUACAGUUGUAUCAUCAUCUGAGCUUCUGCACAAUAAACUCACCCAUCUUCGAGAUUCACGAGAGUGUAACCAAGAGCAAGAAUCUCAUCCACCAAUGCAAACCAACAGUAGCACAACCUCAGCAGCUAAUCUUGAUGAUCUGAAGAAAAGACUGGAACGAAUAAAGAGCAGUCGCAAAUAGAUAGCCUGUGAAUAAUGGUGCAAUUGAUGAAGUCUGUUGAGAUAGAGGUCCCUUCAUAGCUAUUGGCCUCCUAUUAACCUAGUAUGUAUGAUUUCUUUAUGUACAAUACAGUGAAUAACUGUGUAUUGUGGCAUAAUUCAUUUCUGUAUAUAGGCUUCUGGACUGCAAUAACAGAUAUUAAGAACUGUGGUGAACUUGUGAACACUUUCACACUAACACUUGUAAAACCAGUUAAACUGUACUUCAGUUAUCUUUAAUGUUCUCUACUUGCUUUCAAACUGGAGAAGUUCCGGGUGGUAUCAGAGUAACUUGUUGGCUACUGUGUAUUGCUCAUCUCCAUUUGAAGCUUCAACUGUCAUCAGGUUAAUAAAACUGGGGUUCCAGUUGGUAAUUUCAGACCAUGCUGGCUGUAUUUUCGUUUUGACUAAUGCAGCACUGCCUAAUAAGUAUUGAGAAGGAAGUCUGUUAUCUGACUAGAUCUAUCUGUUUAGUUCUUUUAGAAAGUUUAACUAUUGCUUGUUUUGUGUUUUUCUUUUUCUUCCCUGUGAUCACCUCAAUUUGAAAUGUGUUGAUUCUCUAUGGAAUCAUGAAGCAUGGCAUGAGGUUAUGAAUAUUUAUGUGUUUUUUAAAUAAAGACAAUUAAAAACAAAA